UCUCCACAUUCUUCAUUUGAAAUGAGGUAUUCAGAUCUUCAAGAAAUGAGUUUCUUGAAGUGGGUUCUUUUAGUUCUUGCUGUUCUUCAAUCUGCAUACAUUCAUCCAUCAACUGCUUCAUUCAGUCCUGAAGAUAGCUACUUAAUUGUCUGUGGUUCUUCCCGAAAUGUCACAUAUCUUGGUCAGACCUAUGUUCCUGAUUCAGACCCAUCAUCAAUGGUUGCUCUAAAGACUCAAAAGAAUUCGAAUAUAAUCGAAUCAAAUUCCAGUGUCCCAUUAUCGGUCCACCAAUCGGCCCGAAUGUUCACCACCACGGCCUCUUUCGAAUUCGAAAUCAAGAAACAGGGUCGGCAUUGGGUUCGACUCUACUUUUACCCGAUUCCGGGCCACAAUCUCACUUCGGCUUCGUUAAGCGUAGCCACCGGAGACUUUGUGCUCUUAAACAACUACAGUUUUGCGAGAUACAAUGGUUCGACUCAUCUCUUUAAAGAGUACUUGGUCAACGUGACCUCCGAUACGUUGGUUCUCAGUUUCAUCCCUUCGAAUGAUUCGAUUGCGUUUGUAAACGCGAUUGAAGUUGUCUCGAUCCCGGAUGAAUUGAUCCCUGAUGAGGCUGUAUCGGUGUUCCCAUCCACCCCAAUUAGCGGUCUUUCAAAUCGUGCUUUUGAAACUGUGUACCGUUUGAAUAUGGGCGGCCCUAAAUUGACUCCUCAGAACGAUACAUUGGGGAGAAUGUGGGAAAACGAUAAGAAGUAUUUACAUGUGAAUAGCUCGGCUGCGAAUGUGUCGAUCAAUCCGUCAAUCGUGAAGUAUAGUGAAAGUGUCACGCCGGAAAUAGCGCCGAAUUGGGUGUAUGCGACUGCCGAGACGAUGGGAGAUGCGAAUGUUGCCGAUUUGGACUUCAAUAUCACUUGGGUUCUUCCUGUCGAUCCGAAUUUCACGUACUUUGUUCGUGUGCAUUUUUGCGAUAUUGUGAGCACAUCUCUAAACACGCUCGUGUUCAAUUUGUACGUAAAUGGUGAGAGUGCGUAUGCGAGUUUGGAUUUGUCGAGCUUAACGGGUAACUUGGAUGUGCCUGUUUACAAAGAUUUUGUCUGUAAUUCGUCCAGUGAUCCUAGUUUGACGGUCAGCGUUGGUCCAGAUCAUGCAGCGGAAGAAGCAAAUGGGCUUCUGAACGGGCUCGAAAUCUUGAAAAUUAGCAACGAAGCUCGAAGCUUAGAUGGGGUUGAUUCCGUGGAGGAUCUUGUUGUGUUUCUGGCGAAGAAGAACAAGAGGAAUGGCAUCGUUAUAGGGGCGGUUGUUGGCGGUUCCAUCGCUAUCCUGGUUUUAAGUUUCUGUUGUUGUUUCGUGCUGGCUAGGAGGUCGAAAACGAGCCAUCCAAAACCCUCGUGGCUCCCGCUUCCGUUGUACGGAAACUCGCUCACAAUGACGAAGAUGUCAACCACUUCUCAGAAAAGUGGAACCGCAAGCUGCAUCUCGUUGGCUUCAUGUAAUCUCGGUAGAAACUUCACAUUUCAAGAAAUCAUGGAGGCGACGAACAAGUUUGACGAGAAUUUGCUUCUUGGAGUUGGUGGUUUCGGACGGGUGUAUAAAGGGACGAUGGAAGACGGGACCCGUGUAGCGGUUAAACGAGGAAACCCGAGAUCCGAACAAGGAUUGGCGGAAUUCCGAACGGAGAUCGAGAUGCUCUCGAAGCUUCGACACCGGCAUCUCGUCUCGCUUAUCGGGUACUGCGACGAACGGUCAGAAAUGAUCCUUGUUUAUGAGUACAUGGCUAACGGCCCGCUCAGGAGUCAUCUUUACGGUACUGAUCUCCCGCCGCUAUCAUGGAAGCAACGGCUUGAGAUCUGUAUCGGGGCUGCGAGAGGUCUACAUUAUCUCCACACGGGUGCAGCCCAGAGUAUAAUCCACCGUGACGUGAAGACGACUAACAUUUUGUUGGAUGAGAAUUUUGUAGCCAAAGUUGCGGAUUUUGGGCUAUCGAAAGCCGGACCAUCGCUCGACCAAACCCAUGUGAGCACAGCCGUGAAGGGUAGUUUUGGCUAUCUUGAUCCAGAAUAUUUCCGAAGGCAGCAAUUGACGGAAAAGUCGGACGUGUAUUCUUUCGGGGUCGUUUUAAUGGAGGUUAUCUGCACGAGACCGGCUCUGAAUCCCGUCCUUCCGAGAGAGCAAGUCAAUAUUGCCGAGUGGGCGAUGUCGUGGCAAAAGAAGGGGAUGUUGGAUCAAAUCAUGGACGGAAACUUGGUCGGAAAAGUGAAUCCGGCUUCAUUAAAGAAGUUCGGUGAGACUGCUGAGAAGUGUUUGGCCGAGUAUGGAGUCGACCGGCCUUCGAUGGGAGACGUUUUAUGGAACUUGGAAUAUGCUUUGCAACUCGAAGAGACCUCAUCAGCUCUCACGGAACCAGAUGAUAAUAGCACGAACCACAUUCAGGGGAUCCCGUUAACUCCAAUCGAGCCGUUUGAGAACAGCACGAGCAUGAUCGAUGCCGCCAACUCUUGCACCGACGAAGAUGCCACGAGUGCCGUGUUUUCUCAGCUCGUGAACCCACGAGGAAGAUGAUCAAAACGUCGAUUUGAAGACGAUAAAAUAGUUUACCACGAUUAGUUUUAUUUAUGAAACGAACACUAUAUGUGCAUUUUCAUCUGUAACCAUUUAUUCACAUAUGAAUAUACACCCUAUAGUUGUGAGCGAUAAUAUCAA